AUGGCACAACCAGCUCCCGUUCACCCCACCAAGAUGGGAGACGGUCGGGCGAUUGCCGUGCUGACCUCGGGAGGCGAUGCCCAGGGUAUGAAUGCAGCUGUACGAGCUACAGUUCGAGUUGGACUUUACACUGGAGCCAAAGUUUAUUUUGUCCAUGAGGGUUACCAGGGUCUGGUAGAUGGAGGUGACAAUAUCCGCCUUGCUACUUGGGAGAGUGUGUCGAUGAUGCUGCAGCUGGGUGGGACUGUGAUUGGUAGUGCCCGCUGCCAGGAUUUCCGCACCAAGGAGGGCCGCACCAAGGCUGCCUGCAACUUAGUCAAGCUGGGCAUCACCAACUUGUGUGUGAUUGGUGGCGAUGGCAGUCUGACGGGCGCCAACCACUUCAGAACAGAGUGGAGUGAGCUGCUGGCCGAUCUGGUCAAAGCCGGAAAGAUCACAGCCAACGAGGCCAAGUGUUCCUCUCACCUCAACAUCGUCGGCAUGGUGGGCUCCAUUGACAAUGACUUCUGUGGCACCGACAUGACCAUUGGCACGGACUCUGCCCUGCAUCGCAUCAUAGAGAUAGUGGAUGCCAUCACCACCACAGCACAGAGUCACCAGAGGACUUUCAUCCUGGAGGUGAUGGGCAGACACUGUGGUUACCUGGCUUUAGUGACAGCUCUGGCCUGUGGCGCUGACUGGGUGUUCAUCCCUGAGAUGCCUCCAGAUGAUGGAUGGGAGGAGCAUCUCUGCAGGAGACUGUCAGAACAAAGAGGUCGCGGCUCCCGUUUGAACGUCAUCAUUGUGGCAGAGGGAGCGAUGGACCGCAGUGGAGAGCCUAUUACCUGUGAGCUUGUCAAACAGCUGGUAUCAAAGAAACUUGGCUUCGACACCCGUACGACCAUCCUGGGGCACGUACAGAGAGGUGGAACCCCCUCCGCCUUUGACAGGAUCUUGGCGAGCAGGAUGGGAGUAGAGGCCGUGAUGGCUCUGCUGGAGGCCACACCAGACACUCCUGCAUGUGUGGUCAGCUUGUCUGGGAACAUGGCUGUCAGGCUGCCUCUCAUGGAGUGUGUGCAAGUGACUAAAGACGUCACCGUAGCCAUGUCCGAAGGGAGGUUUGACGAUGCUGUGAAGCUCAGGGGAAAGAGCUUUGAAAACAACUGGAACACUUACAAAAUGUUGGCUCAUCUGCACCCCCCAGACACAAAGAGUAAUAUCAACAUCGCCAUCAUGAACGUGGGAGCUCCGUGUGCUGGGAUGAAUGCUGCAGUCCGUUCAGCUGUCAGAAUCGGGCUUCUGCAGGGCCACCAGAUGUUGGCAGUGCACGAUAGUUUCGAUGGCUUGGCUCAUGGGAUGAUUGAGCCCAUUGGUUGGUCUGGAGUGGGAGGAUGGACAGGAAAGGGGGGCUCCAAUCUGGGAACUAAGAGAUCCCUGCCACAUGAGUUUAUGGAGGAGAUCAGUCUGAGCAUCACUAAGUUCAACAUUCAUGCUCUGAUCAUUAUUGGAGGCUUUGAGGCGUUUGUUGGAGGUCUGGAGAUGGUGCAGGCUCGAGAGAAGUAUGAGGAGCUGUGCAUUCCCCUUGUCGUCGUUCCUGCUACUGUCUCCAACAAUGUUCCUGGAUCUGACUUCAGUGUCGGAGCUGACACUGCCCUCAACACCAUAACCAUGGUAAAACUGAAAAACAAACACUUAACAAUAACAAGGAUUACACAAGUCCUGUUCACAACAAUCUAUUCAUCUUCUGUCUGUUUCUUUUAUCUUUGUUCUCUUUCUCCUUUUCAGACAUGUGACAGGAUCAAACAAUCGGCUGCCGGCACCAAGAGGAGAGUGUUUAUAGUUGAGACUAUGGGAGGAUACUGUGGCUACCUGGCAACCAUGGCUGGCCUGGCAUCUGGGGCUGACGUUGCCUACAUCUAUGAGGAGCCUUGCAACAUCCAUGACCUAGAGAUGAACGUGGAUCAUCUGGUGGAGAAGAUGAAGACCACGGUGAAGAGAGGACUGAUUCUUAGAAAUGAGAAAAGCAACGCUAACUACACCACCGAUUUUAUCUUCAACCUGUACUCAGAGGAGGGCAAGGGUGUGUUCGACUGCAGAAAGAAUGUACUCGGACAUAUGCAGCAGGGUGGAACGCCUAGUCCUUUCGACAGGAAUUUUGCCACAAAGAUGGGCAUCAAGUCUGUCCUUUGGUUGACUGACAAGCUGAAGGAAUGCUACAGACAUGGUCGCAUCUUUGCCAACUCUUCAGAUUCAGCUUGUGUACUGGGCAUGCGGAAGAGAAGUUUGGUCUUCCAGCCUCUGGCAGAACUUAAAGAUCACACUGACUUUGAACAUCGUCUUCCAAAGACACAGUGGUGGUUAAAGCUGAGGCCCAUCCUGAAAAUUCUGGCCCAUUACAAGAUCGACCUGGACACCUCUGAAAAGACUGAGAUGGAACAUGUCAUUAAGAAGAGAGGCCUAGCUCCUUAG